CCGUAUAUACGUUUCCGGUAAAGAAUUGAGCUUAGAAGGUUUUGUGCGUCGUAGAAAUUGUCGUGCUUGCAUAUCAGACUAGUAUUUUGCACUUUGCAGGUGUAUAUUUCACAGUUGCAUACUUUGUUUGUCGUAUGUCCAUCCAGAAUCUUAACACAUUCGACCCCUUUGCUGAUGCAAUCAAGGGUUCAGAUGAUGAUGUCCAAGACGGUCUCGUGCAUAUAAGAAUUCAGCAAAGGAAUGGUCGUAAGACGUUAACUACUGUCCAAGGACUUUCAUCGGAGUAUGACUUGAAGAAGAUUGUCCGAGCAUGUAAAAAGGAGUUUGCCUGUAAUGGCACAGUAAUUGAACAUCCGGAGUACGGCGAAGUACUUCAGCUUCAGGGUGACCAGCGAGAAAAUAUUUGCCAGUGGUUGACAAAAGCAGGGCUUGCCAAGCCUGAACAGCUUAAAGUUCACGGGUUUUAAACAAAAGGAAAUUAAAAACUGUAAUCCAAAUGAUCCUCCUAUAAAAAUUUUAAUUGGUUUGGGAAUCUCAGGAGUGGGGAUCACCUGUGAAAUCAUAGUCAGUAGUUGCUAAUUUUGGCACGACUUCAUUACUCUUUAUCAACCUGUAGCAGACGUUAACUUUCUUAGCUUCAAUUCUUUCCUUAUGCUCUUUAGGUAAGGUUCCCUCUGUAUAGGAAAUUAUCUUUCAUAUUGAACAUUCAAGGAAAGGAAAUAAUGUGUUUUGCCUUUAUGAGGUAGUAUGUAUCUUGGCACCAUUGAUGACUUUCGAGAAUGUAUCAUCUGUUUAGGAAGAGUGUGUGAUUGAAUGGAAAAAUCUAAUGGGCAAUUUUGCUUUAACAAUUAUAUGUAUUUUUGUAUAGGAAAAAUUAACUGUGCUUAACAUUUCUUUGUGCAGAAUGCCUUAUUUGUUUUUUAUCUGUCACAAGAUGGCAUGUGUGAUUGCAACCUCUUACUCCAUCAGUGCCUUUUGUGGGGGCAAUCAUACGAUACAGAAAUUGUAGCUUGCAAAUUUUUAUAGUACACUUUUUAUUAACAAAUGUGAAGGGAGCCUUUAGAUUACUUAAAAUAUAUUGACAUUGUAUCCCCACUUUUCAUUAAAAAUUAAUGAUCUAAAGCAUUAGAAAAUGACCAUAAGUAUGGUAUGUAACAUUUGAAUUGUUUCAAUAAAUUUAUUAAUGGAGUAA